CACCUCAUGCCACAGCAUGUCAGCUGAUCUCGUUCAAGUCAGUGCUGUCAUCUGUCAAGUUAGUUUAAAUUUCCAUUAAUUAAAAAAAUAAAUAACGUAAAUAUGAAGCAGUAAAACACAACAAACAUAUCGAGUUCUACUUUAGAUAAAUUUCACGCAAUUCCAAACCGAAAAUGACGACGCAACACACCACUCAAGGUGACAGUCAAAUUCAAUGUUUUCAAAUAUCAUCCACCUCAGACAUUUACAAUCGCCCUUUCGUAUCCCCAUUCCAACUCAGGGGUAGACCUACAUGCCGUAGAUGCAUUCAUUUUACCAAUCAUUCUCCAAUUAUGAUCCCGAACCGACAAUCCAUUCAUGAACCAAAUACUAAUUCUUUAUCAACACGGACGGCACUAAUUUCAGUUUUCAUUAUUUUUGUAAGUUCACUCUUUGCAUUGUUCUUAGUGUACAAAACCUUUCCUCAAGUCACUGAGGAAGAACGACAACACAUUAAAUUGCCAUGGAACAUAGAAGACGCCAAACAGCUAGGAAUAGUAUUAAAUAGGUACAAAGCGGACCAUUAUUUCCAAGUAAUGACUGGAGUUUUCACUACUUAUAUAUUUCUGCAAACGUUUGCAAUCCCGGGAUCUCUAUUCCUCUCAGUCCUUUCAGGCUUCCUAUUCCCCUUCACUGUGGCCCUGACCCUAGUGUGCACUUGCUCAGCCGUGGGGGCCUCCCUGUGUUUCCUCCUGUCUCAGUUGCUGGGACGAAAACUAGUACUCAAGUAUUUCCCCGAAAAAGCGGCGGCUUGGGGCCACCAAGUGAACAAACACCGUGACAACUUAUUCAACUACGUAUUAUUUUUAAGAAUAACCCCAUUUUUGCCCAACUGGUUUAUAAAUUUAACCGCACCUGUGAUAGGAGUCCCGUUGGUGCCUUUUGCGCUAGGAACGUUUUUCGGAGUGGCACCGCCUUCGUUUAUCGCCAUUCAAGGCGGACAAACGUUGCAAAAUAUGACCGCUGACGAUUUUAAAAUAAGUGCUACGUCUUUGGUUACUUUGGCGGUGUGUGGGAUCAUUCCGUUGUUACCUAUUGUCUUCAAAGGCUGGUUGAAGAAGAAAAUCGAGUGAAAUAGUAUUUAUUUUUAGUUAAAUCGGUUGUUAAAGAAUAGCCCAUUCCGUUUUGUGAGUUGUAUUUAUUUUGAAAUAAAAUUUCAGUUUGUUAAAAUAA